AUGCAAAAAUACAGGAUUCUCGGAAAAAAAGGGGAGGGGACGUUUAGUGAGGUACUUAAAGCACAAGAUAUAGAGACAAAACGUUUUGUGGCGAUCAAAUGCAUGAAAAAGCUUUUCAAGACAAAGGAGCAGGUGAACCGCCUGCGCGAGAUUCAGGCAGUGCGACGGCUGCAACCCCAUCCAAACAUAGUUCAGCUCAUUGAGGUGAUGUUUGACCGAUCAACAGGACGACUGGCGCUGGUGUUUGAAUACAUGGAUAUGAAUUUGUACGAACUUAUAAAAGGACGUCGUCAUUUCAUUGGUGAGGGGUGGGUGAUGAAAUUUAUGUAUCAACUUCUUAAAGGGCUCGACCAUGCUCACCGCACGGGUUUGUUUCACCGUGAUAUAAAGCCGGAGAAUCUCCUCGUCAACGAAGAUGGCACAUUGAAGCUGGCAGAUUUUGGAUCGUGCAAAGGCGCAUACUCUAGACAGCCAUUGACAGAAUAUAUUUCAACUCGCUGGUACCGUGCCCCGGAGUGUCUCUUGACGGACGGCUAUUACACGUACAAGAUGGACUUGUGGAGUGCGGGAUGCGUCUUUUUUGAGAUUAUGGCCUUGUUUCCUCUCUUUCCUGGGAAUAAUGAGCUGGAUCAAAUUCACAGGAUCCACAAUGUGAUUGGUACCCCACCGCCUGAGGUAUUAAAUAAACUGAAGAGGUCCGGUACGCGCAUGGAUCUUGAAUUUCCACAGAAGCAGGGCACGGGGAUUGCGAAACUGCUACCGAAUGCCUCACCUGAAGCCUUAGAUUUGUUGACCAAGUUGUUAACGUAUGAUGAAGAGCAUCGGGUAACGGCGCGGGAGGCGUUGCGGCACCCUUACUUUAAAGCGUUGAGGGAAAACGCGAAGAAAGCCAAGCGCUUGCGAUUAGAAAACGAAAAAGCCAAGGCAAUGGAGGCUAAAGUGGGAGUAAAUAUUCUUCCACAGCUUGGCAGCACGUGCGCGCAGACGUUUCAGUAUACUGCAUCUCAAACCCAUUAUAUUUUGGGCACGGAAGAUGCAACGGGAACUCAAACUACAGUGAACUUUGCUUCCUCAUUGCCAAAAUUGUACGACUAG